UCAGAAUUUGAACUAGGCAAGGCAUUUAAGAAGAGAUCCUUAUUUUCAAUGACAGCGGAUCAACUGCCUUGUUCAGGGGUAAAACGACAUAUUUUUUACCUUGUCAGCUCGGGGAUUCGAGUCCAACGCUCUAACCACUAGGCUACCUGCCGCCCCAAUUAAUCGGCUUGUCAAAAAAUUGAAGGAUACAAACCACUGAUCAUGACAAUGGGGUGAAAUUCCUGGACAACAGUCGUUAUCGUCCAUUCCAUAUUGUCCAUUUUAAUUUGACAUGUGCUGUUUUUAGGAUAUGUGGUUUGUUAACAUAACAGGCCUUUUUUUGUUUUGAUUGAGCGUCAUUUAGGUUAGGCUAUUUGAUUGUAAAAAGUGUCCCUCUCAUUACAUUUUAUCUCCAGCCUGUAAGCUACAGAAAAGGCCACAUUCUCUUUCUACCAUAUUUAUAUAGCUAAUGUGCAGCCUCCCUGUCCUGGUGCACUGCACUAGUAGCUAGGUAAGUGUUCUAUCUAGCCAAGACGUCAUUACCAGAGAAAUCGCGGGCAUUUGCGCGUGACCAUCUGACUGGCUAGGAGGAGACCUGGCUCACCAGCUAGUCAGAUUCUUUGAGUGGACACUGCAAUAAGAUGAGAAGAUAUGAAAUGCAGCAGGCCAGACCUACUGCAGGUUGUUUCCUUUCCAGGCUGCCUCUCUGUGCCUCUGUUUACCCAGAAGAAAAGGAGCAGGCUGCCUUUGACAUCCAAUCCCUCUGAGAAUGAAUUCUGCUCCAGCAAUGACUACAUGUCCACACACAGCGCUGUUUCAUCCAACAACAUAUCUGGUAACACAGAAUAUUUCCAAGAUCAAGACCCAAGCUGUCCUGCACCUGCUGCUCAGAACAGUCAGUGGAACAGACAAGGCAACCAGCAUCAGUCUCAACCACAGUUUCAGUAUCCAAACAGUCGACUUGCACCUGAACCCGUGAGAAGAAACUUUGCACCUCUACCACACCCAUAUAAAGCUGUGAAUACAGGUCCGCAGAUAGGACAGCAACAGCCACCAGUGAGGCAGGACUCCAGAGCCCCUAUAAACCCCAGACAGAGCAACUACAACGGCCCUUGCAGCAGUGGGAACACACAGAGCAAGCCAGUACCCCCAGGUAGCUACUCUCAUAUGGGUCAGCAGCAGCAGUCUGGCUACAGACAGGGACAGGCCAACCCACCAGAGCCUCCUUUCUGCUCCCAGCAGUCUACACCCAUUACCACAACAAGCAGACCAACUCCUGGCCCUCCAAACAGACCAACUCCUGGCCCUCCAAACAGACCAACUCCUAGACCUGGACCACAGCAGCAGAAGCAGGACACAUCCUGGAAGUUUAAAAUGACCACCAACACUGUGCUACAGAAACAGCUGAUGGACAGUAGAGACAUAUUUCAAUCUCAAAAUACCUCUCAGUCUCAGGUACAACAUACACCACCUGUGUUCCAGAUCAAACCAGCAACUGAGAACUCUUUGAGGAUCCUGACUGCUGUCAUCGAUGGCAUGAGACACUGGAGCCAGUUCAAGGACAGUGCUCCGUACCUAUUUGAGAUUUUCGCUACUCUUGACUCUGCAGUCACCGCCGGGUCUCAUGGAGCUAAGAACUUCCUCAUGAGAGAUGGGAAAGAGGUGGUGCAGUGUGUCUUCUAUGAAAAUGAGCUGGACCUUCCCAGGCUGAUCAGAGGACAGGUGCACCGCUGUGUGGGAAACUACGACCGCACCAGGGACACACUCACCUGCAUGUCUGUCAGGGCUGCCCUGCACUCCGAGCAGAUGAAUGCACAGGAGUCUGUCAAAGCAUCGGAUGCUGAGAUGAGGGGCCUGGUGAAAUCACUCAGUGAAGUCUGAUCAGAGGCACAGAAACACGUGAAGGGCAAUUCAAGGGCAAUACAAUUGUUUUUGUCCAUGGUUCCUUGUGAAUAUCACUAUAUGGCAAGUGUUCUCCUUUUCAUUAGAAACUGCGGGAUCCUAUAUUUCAAGCGUUGUCAUCUUUAUUAGAAACUGAAGGAUCCUAUAUAAUGUCCUGCUGUAUAUACAGUGCCUUCGAAAAGUAUUCAGACCCCUUGACCUUUUCUAAAUUGUUACGUUCGCCUUAUUCUAAAAUUGAUUAAAUAGUUUCCCCACUCGUCAAUCUACAUACACAA